ACAGAAAAGAAUUCAUGACAUCAUAGCAACAUAACGAUGACAAUAUUGACUCUUCACUUUUUUCUAUUUAAAGCCUUGUAUGUUCUUGUGGUUUCAUUAUUCAAGAAAAAUGGGUUGUCUAAUGUGGGCUUGUCAAAUUCUAUGCAUUCAAUUGUUAUUUUUGUGUUCUCAAAGUUCUGCAACACUCUGCUCUUAUGAGCAGAGUUAUGCAUUGCUCCAAUUUAAACUACACUUUUCCUUCAUCAAUACUUCUUACAAUCGUUGUGAUUACUUUCAACCCUCUUAUGCAAAAAUGAUGUCUUGGAAAGAGGAUAAGGAUUGCUGCUUAUGGGAUGGUGUCACAUGUGAUUCUUUAACAGGUCAUGUGAUUGAUCUCGACCUUAGUUGUGCUUGGCUUCAUGGAAGUUUUCCUUCAAACGGUAGUCUUUUCCUUCUUAAUCAUUUGCAAAGGCUAAACUUAGCUUUUAAUGAUUUCAAUCUUUCCCAUAUUUCUUUUGAUUUUAAUCGUUUGUCUAGUUUGACGUAUCUUAAUCUCUCGUACUCAAACUUUUCUGGUCAAAUUCCUUCUCAAAUCGCCCACUUGUCUAAAUUGACUGUGCUUGAUGUUUCUCAAAAUCACUUUGAUAAACCUUCAAUUGAAACAAAUACAUUAAAAGGGUUAGUUCAAAAUUUGACCGAAUUAGCAGAACUUCAUCUUGAUGGUGUCAACAUGUCUACCGUAGUACCAAGUUCCUUCAUGAAUUUAUCUUCUUCUUUAUCUUUUUUGAGUCUCUUUUCUUGUGAUUUGCAAGGAAACUUUCCAAAUAGCAUCUUCCACCUACCAAGUUUAAAAACCCUCGAUUUAUCAUAUAAUCAUGAUUUGAUAGUUGUUUUCCCAAAGGUUAACUGGAGUAGCCCCCUUAAGGUGUUGGAUGUGUCUUCCACAGCUUUUUCAGGAGAGUUUAAUCCUCUUGAAAAUCUCAAAUACUUGACAAAUUUUGGCGCCUCAAAUUGCAGUCUUGAUGGGUUAGUACCUAUGUCACUUGGAAACCUUCCAAAUUUAGUUUAUAUUUAUUUACAUCAUAACUUUUUCAAUGGGUCUCUGCCAUCUUGGUUAUUCACUCAAACUUCGUUACGACAAGUAUACUUGUCUUUUAACCAAUUAACAGGCACUAUAAAUGAAUUUCACAGUAAAUCAUUGGAAAGUCUCUAUUUACAUAGUAAUCGAUUGCACGGAUCAAUUCCAAGUUCAAUGUUUGAACUUGUUAAUUUAACUGGUCUCUCUCUUUCUUUGGACAAUUCUGGUGCCACUGAUCUUCACUUGUUUUCAAAGCUUAAAAAACUUAAAAAUCUUGCCCUUUCUCAUGUCAAUCUAUCUUCGAGCACCCCAUUCAAAAGCAACUCUUCCUUUUCGCAACUCACCAUGUUGAGAUUAUCUGCUUGUAACUUGAGUGAAUUCCCCGAUAUUUUAAGAAAAUCAGACCAAUUGAGUCAGCUAGACCUUUCUAAAAAUAGAAUCCAUGGCCGAAUUCCUAAGUGGAUGUGGAACAUUGGAAAGGAAAGUUUGUACCACUUAAAUCUUUCCUACAAUUUUCUUACAACCAUAGAACACCUUCCAUGGAAAAAACUUCGAUUUCUAGACCUUCAUUCCAACUUCCUUCAAGCACCAUUUCCAAUUGCACUAUCUGAGUUAAUGAUUCUUUCAUUGUCAAACAACAAUUUGACGGGAGAGAUCCCUCACUUGUGCAAUAUGAGUAGAUUACAAAUUGUAGAUCUUUCACAUAAUAACUUGAAUGGUACAAUUCCUGAAUGCAUGGUAAACUCCAGUAGUCUUCAAGUCUUGGAUGUACGAUACAAUAAACUGCAUGGCAACCUUCCUAAAGCAUUUGCACCAGGCAGUUAUUUGAGGACUCUUAACUUCGACGGUAAUGGACUUGAAGGGCGAGUCCCUAGAAGUUUGGUCAAUUGUGCAAGGCUUCAAGUUUUAAAUCUUGGAAAAAACAACAUAAAGGAUAGCUUCCCCUAUUGGUUAGGAGAUCUUCCCGAGUUGCAGGUUUUUGUUCUUCGUUUCAACAACUUCUAUGGUUCUUUUGAAUUUAAUGGUAGUCUCCCAAUGCUGAGAAUCUUAGAUCUCUCACACAACAAUUUUGAUGGCUAUUUGUCAGCAAGGUCUUUUGAGAAUCUAAAAUCUAUGAUGAAUCUUGAUGAAGAAAAAAAGAAAUUGAAUUAUAUGGGUGAUUCAUAUUAUCAAGAUUGUGUGGCGAUGGUAGUUAAAGGUUUUGAGAUCCGACUAGAGAAAAUUAUUACUACUUUUACUACCAUUGAUUUUUCAAACAAUCACUUUCAUGGAGAAAUUCCAAGCUCAAUUGGAAAACUUCAUUCACUUCGACUCCUCAAUCUUUCUCAAAAUGGUCUAAUUGGUCAUAUUCCUUCGUCAUUGGGAAACUUGACUGCACUUGAAGCCUUAGAUCUAUCUUCAAACAAGCUUGUUGGAGAGAUUCCACGACAAUUGGUAAGUCUGACAUUUCUUGCAAAGUUGAACUUAUCAAAAAAUCAACUUGUAGGACCUAUCCCUCGAGGGAACCAAUUCGACACCUUCCAAAAUGACUCAUACAUUGGAAACCCAGGAUUGUAUGGAUUUAUGUUGUCCAACAAAUGUAAUGUUGAUGAGGCAGCACAACCAAAAUCAUCAAUAUUCGAUGGUGAAAAGCUCAAUAAUUCAAAAUGGUGUGAAUGGAAGGUUGUUAUGAUGGGAUAUGGAUGCGGACUACCCCUCGGCUUAUUUAUAAGAUAUCAAGUGUUCUCAACAAGAAGACCGGAAUGGCUUCUAAGGAUUAUUAAUAGAGCUACUAAACGAUUUGAGAUGAGUAGAAGGCGUAAUAAGAAGACUAAGCAAAAGUUGGUCUCUUCAUAAGGUACUUGCUUCUGGGUGAUCAGGUAAGGUGUGAAGAUCAAUGUCAUAAAGGAUUGCCAAAUUUCAGGAUUCAUUGUUUGUAGUUUAAUAUAUAUAGCAUCUAAUAAUAACAAUGUUGUGCUUCAAACAACUUGAACAGAUUUCAAAUUUUUAUUGUACCAAUUUCAAUACGUGGUUAUGAUGUUUCAGGAUUUUAUUGUUAUAUGAAGCUUGAGAUGUGAAGAGA